AUGGGACCCCAAUUUGACUAUUGCCUGCGAGCUACCAACAAUCCGUCGUACUUCGCGUUUUCUGACAAAGAUGUUGCCGAUAGCGCAAGUCCACAUGCUACAGGAUCAGAGCAAUACUCCCGAUCUGCACCAGCCAGGUCAUGGGCUGAUGGAGCCCGGCCUCUUAGCUCUCCAAGAAGAAGAGAACCAGAGAGCCCCAGAAGAAAGGAAUUUAGAGCACUUCUCAGAUCGCUAUCAGCGAAGGAACCUGAACAAGCUGAAGCUUUCCUUAAAGGCCAACCUAGACCAGGUGAUUGCGCACCUGGUGAUAUGAGAAACACAUAUACUGCCCCUAGAAUCAAGAAGGGCAAAAUCAGUUCAAAAGUAGUAACGCCAGAUGGCACAAAAGAGCAUGAGGAGGUGUUCUAUACCAUUCCUUUACAAGGGCGAAGACGCCAUUCAGUCGGAGGCUAUUUAACUACAGGAUCUGCCGGAGCCGGGGAAGUUACGACAGUUCCUAGUGAGGUACCCAAGAUGCCGCCACCUCGUUUUAACCAAACUGAAGAAGAAGCGGUCAGAAGACGUCGACCAAAAAACUUUCCAUUUAAAGAAAUGGAAGAUAUUGCAAUACUAUGGAGCUCGGGCUCACCAGAAAGUGCUCUGUGGUCCGAUUAUCUUGUUGCGAGCUUUGACAAAAUCAUGUCUCAGCGAGCUCGACACCAUUACAGAGUUACACCAAUAACAGCAGAAGAACUAAUGUCUUCUGAUUCGCAAGAAAAACUGGACAAGCUUGCGAAAGCCCAAUUGCAAAUAGUCAUCCUGUGUCCAAUUCUAGCUACUAAAAUGUCUGAAUUAAAAAGAGAUCUAAAUUCUGAGAAUAUAUUUAAAGUCGACAAAAUCUUAGUCAUGCUUCUUGGCGUGGAAAAAAAUCAUGUUAUUGCUAACAAUUGCGAAGAUUAUCCCUCGAUAGACCAGUGGCAGAUGAUGUCUGUACGUGAAAAAGACACAUCAUUUGUAGACACGUUUCUAACGGCGGCUGUUGGAAUAUUGAGGACCAAGGAUUGCAAAGAUACCGCUACAGAUAGAACGAGUUUCUCUAUUGUGCCAAAGAAAGUUAAAAUUGGUCAAAGUCGAGUGAUAGCGCUUCUCAACGACCCUAUUAGAGAAGAAGACAGUAUAAAGAUAAUGGUGGACAAAAAAGGCGAGGUCAUUCACAUACCGACCUUUAAAAAGAGGAAUCCUUACACUUUACAAUUUGAUAUACCGGAAUCAUGCUUAGAAGUUUCGAUGUUAGUUUGGGUGCGAGUGAGCAAAAAUGGUCAGUCUUUAGGAAGAAGACAAAUAAAGUGCGAAAGUCGGUUAAGAGAACUGGACCAAUUGCUGAGGGCUUCCGAUCAUCCUUUAGAGUUUAUGUGCCAGACAUUAGGUUUUAAGACUACAAGUAAGGAACAAUUAGAUAGUUGGAUGCUAAAUGCAUUUCAGAAAAACAUCCCGCCACAUUUCAAUCUGCUCUCUUCAUCGGAGCAGUACAACCCGAAAUCUGAUAUGACGAGCGGUGAAGAGUAUCCGACGCUGCUGCACUGGGCGGCCCGGUUCGGGCUGGAGCGCGUGUGCUGGCAGCUGCUGGAGUGCCCGGGCGGCGGCGCGGCCGUGGCGCUGCGCAACGCGCGCCGCCGCACGCCCGCCGACCUGGCGCGCGACCACAAACACCACCGCCUCGCCGACAUGCUCGCUGACCACCUUAAAAUAAACGAGUUUUCAAAUAUGUACUACUAUUUGAAAAACAUGUCUGAUAAUGACAAAGAAGAUAAUGAAGAGAACGAUAAGCAAGAUGAGCUUUGUAUAAUUGAAAGUACUGACACUGUUGACUCACCGGACCGAGAAAACGUUAAGGAAACUGACAGUGAGACUUUGUCAGAUCCGUUCAGCGAAGCUUGCACCCAAAACUUAGAAGUAACACCAGAAAAGAAGGAAGAAAAGAAACAAAAGCCAAACCUAAAAUUACCAAGACCUAAAGAGCAAUUUUAUCAAAACGACUUUCAAGUGCACGAUGACACUGUAGAUCGUAUCCAACAAGCAAUAGACCAUGAUUACCUCGUCCAGCCUUCGAACAUAAAAGUAGAGAGUCCAAAAUUCAGACCUAAUAAUUUAUACGCGAAUAGUUCGAGACUGCUGCCUCACCAUACUGACAUAUUUCUUUACUCUCCCACCGAAGAAUCAAAGACUUUUAGUAUUGACACUCCAACAAGUGAUAUUAGUCAGCUUAAUUUAAAUAUGAGAGACAUUCGUAACAGCGGAAGCAUUAAAUCUGGCAAAGAUGCCACAGGUCAAGAAGAACUAGCAGAAAUUAUAACAGAUUUUAAAAAUAACGUUUUUACCAUUUCUGAGGUAGAAAAACUCGUUAUGGAAUGGAGAAACAGAAACGAAACGCAACAGUCCCUAAAAGAAAAACAAGAACAGUUAAAUAAGAUGAGAGAAGAAUAUGAUAAAAUCCAGCAGAAAAUUAAAGACAACAUGAAACGACCCACGCCCUUCGAGAGGGUAAAGAAAAUGUUUUCGAAAAGCAAAACUAAACAUCAUGACAACACUAACACAGGUACAAUUGAAAAACGGAAUGGUAGCACAAGACCAAAUAGCAGCUUAAGCGACAGUUCGUCAUCCUCGGGACGCCUUAGUACUGUUAGCGGUGGGAGUGUCGGUGAAACUAAUAGUGUCCAGUCAGAAUUAGACGAUAAGGCUAGAUCUAUUAUAUCGGCGAGUACUUUGACAAUGAAUUCAUGUGACAGCGACAAUCGUCUUGACGACUACUUGAUCCCUCCGCCGCCGCGACCCCUCAACGGAUGUCCUCAAUUUACCACAUUUGGACAUCCCAAGCACGAAAAUAGCAGAGGCCAACAUAUGGCGACGAUUGUCGAAAGAGAAACGUCUGCAUCUAGAGAAAGAUUGGACUGCGAUUCCGACACUAGCUCCACACACUUACGACUAAACUUCUCCCCGCGCGACAGAACUGUCGCAAGUCGCUGCGACGAUCGCGACGGCGCACACAUGUAUAUGAACAUUUCGGCUACGCAUACA